AUGCCCACUAUGGAUGUCUCCUCAUACACUCCCAAGGAUGUCCCUCUCCCCCCGGCACCCUCAACAGACUUCUUCACAGAGUUACAGUGGAAGACAUUAUUUGCAUUGGCGGACGCCGUCGUGCCCUCUAUUCACACCAGUGCGACAGCCCGCUCAUCAAAUGACAGGGUCGUCGCGGACGCUGAGUACAGUUCCGCCGUGAGCAGUCUGACAAGUCUGAUCUCGGGGCCCGAUGCAAACUCUAUUGCAACUCAAUAUCUGCAGGAAGAUGCUUCGUCUAACCCGCUGUUUCGAUCUCUGAUUCAGCGGCUGCUCGGUAAUCAUGUGCAUAGCGAGGGGAAGAAUGGCAUGAGCCUCAUUCUGAACGCACUCAACACCCGCGCCGGCUCACUGAUUCUCACCGGAUCGACCACUCCUAUCCAAGACCAACCGGUGGAAUUCCGGGAACGCGUCUUCAAGGGUUGGGAGACUUCGAGGCUGCCGCCCCUCCGCGUAGUCUAUCGAGGACUGAGUGCCAUGGUCAAAAACUGCUGGGUCCUCGGCAGUCCGACUAUUAGUCCUGUUCUGGGAUUCCCACGAGUACCAGUCCACGGCAAGCCCGCUGCCGGGUUUGACUAUGAGUUCUUGCAAAUACCCCCGGGCGACAAACCGGAGGUAAUCGAAACCGACGUCGUCAUUGUUGGAAGCGGCUGCGGUGGCAGCGUGGCGGCAAAGAAUCUUGCCGAAGCAGGUCACCGCGUGCUGGUAUUGGAGAAAUCUUACUCCUACCCAUCCGAAGUGUUCCCCAUGGCCCAGAAUGCCGGCUUCGCCAACCUGUUCGAGAACGGGGGUGCGAUCUUCUCCGAGGACAGUUCCACGGGCGUCCUGGCGGGAUCAACGUGGGGCGGCGGUGGCACUGUAAACUGGUCUGCAUCUCUGCAGACUCAGGGCUAUGUCCGACAGGAAUGGGCAGAUACUGGCUUGCCGCUCUUCACCUCUUUGGCCUUCCAAAGGAGUCUUGAUCGCGUCUGUGAUCGCAUGGGUGUCAAUUCUGAGAAGGUCGAGCACAACGCUCAAAACACCGUUAUCUUAGAAGGUGCGCGCAAACUGGGAUAUGCCGCUAAGACUGUGCCUCAGAAUACAGGUCAUGGCGAGCACUACUGUGGUUAUUGCACUCUGGGAUGUGCUUCCGGGGGCAAGAAAGGCCCUACGGAGACCUUCCUGAUGGACGCGGCCAAGGCGGGUGCCAAGUUUAUGGAGGGAUUUCACGCCGACAAGGUGAUGUUCACCAAGGUCAACGGCAAACAGGUUGCUUCUGGGGUGAAAGGAACUUGGAGAUCACGAGAUUCAUAUCUCGGCCUUGGCAGUGCCGGUGUUGUGGAACGUAAGGUGAUUGUCAAGGCAAAGAAAGUAGUUGUUUCUGCUGGUUCCCUGCAUAGUCCCCUCCUGCUGCUGCGCAGCGGAAUAAAAAACUCUCAGAUCGGCCGUAAUCUACACCUCCAUCCAGUUGUGGUCGCUGGUGCAAUCUUCGACGAAGAGACGCGACCCUGGGAGGGUUCCGCACUGACAACCGUAGUCAACGAGUUCGAAGACCUCGACGGACACGGACACGGCGUGAAAAUCGAGGCACUCUCAAUGCUGCCCUCCGUCUUCCUUCCAAUCUUCCCCUGGCGCGGCGCUUUAGACUACAAGCUAUGGGCCGCCAACAUGCGCCGAAGCACCAGCUUCAUCACUCUCACCAAAGACCGCGACUCUGGCCGCGUAUACCCAGACCCCGUCGACGGCCGAUGCCGCAUCGACUACACGGUCUCAGCCUUCGAUCGCAAACACAUUGUUGAAGGCAUAAUCGCCAGCGCGAAAAUGGCGUAUAUCGCAGGCGCCAAGGAGUUCCACACUACAUAUCGGGAUCUCCCGCCGUUCAUUCGCUCAGAGGCUUCACGCCCGGAUGCACCAGAGGGGACUAACGACGAAGCUCUGCAGAGCUGGAUCGCCGAGCUGCGUCGGAAAUCGCCUCUUAACCCGGAGCGCGGCUUGUUCGCCAGUGCCCAUCAGAUGGGUACGUGUCGCAUGAGCAAGUCGCCUAAGCUGGGUGUCGUGAACCAGGACUGUCAAGUCUGGGGCUCGGAGGGUCUAUACGUGGUGGAUGCGUCUGUCUUCCCUAGCGCGAGCGGCGUAAAUCCUAUGGUGACCAACAUGGCGAUCGCCGAUUGGGCCAGCCAGAAUCUCGCCCGGACAAUGAUGGGCUCCCGUGGUGAAGGUGGUGUGAUGGCCCGGCUGUGA